AUGUAUGCUCUGACUGGUAGUACUGAGGGUGACUGUUACCUGUGUGUGCCCCCUGACCCUGGUAUAGCGGCUGCUGCUCUAGGUGCUAGUGAGUCUGCUCUCUCUGGUACUGCGCCUGCUGAGGCCUUGCACACCUUCACCCUUGACUCAAGUGCUUCACGCUGCUUCUUUCGCGACAACACUACUGUCACACCACUCCCUGCACCUGUUGCAGUCUCUCUGGCUGACCCCUCAGGGGGCCCAGUCCUUGCACGUUCCUCCACUGUUCUUCCGUGUCCGGCGGUUCCGUCUGGCUCACUGACAGGCCUUCACCUCCCCUCGUUAUCUACGAACUUUGUGAGUAACGCCAUCCUUCAGGAUGCUUGGGUUGAAACACUUACCCCUGGAGGACAGCGUCUGGCGAUCUGCACGUAUGCAUGGACGGGCCGUCACCUAGCCAUGUUCACCCGUCGGCCUGGGUCGAGCCUAUACACACUAACUACUGAGCCUUCGGACGUAGAUGCGUCUGGUCAGGUGUCCGCGCCCGGUCAGGUAGCAGCCCCCUGCUCGUGUCGCCAGCUCUCACACCAAAUUGUCCUCUGGCACCACCGUCUUGGUCACCCCUCCCUGCUACGACUCCGUAGCAUGCACUCCCGCCUCCUUGUCUCUGGCCUUCCCAGGUCUCUGCCCCCCCUCCCGCGCUCGCCUGCCCCGCCCUGCCUUCCUUGCGUCGAGGGGCGGCAGCACGCCGCUCCUCACUCCUCCUCGUUCCCUCCUACAGAGGCUCCUCUGCAGACUCUCCACAUGGACGUGUGGGGCCCAGCCCGCGUCCAGGGACAGGGCCGCGAGAGGUAUUUCCUGCUGGUUGUCGACGACUACACGCGUUACACUACGGUCUUCCCCUUGCGCAGCAAGGGGGAGGUCCCUGAUGUCUUGAUCCCUUGGAUCCGCGCUGUCCGUCUCCAGCUCCACGAGCGGUUUCACACGAACCUUCUUGUCCUGUGUCUGCACUCUGACAGAGGUGGCUCUCGUGCCUUUGUCCGCGAUACCUCCGCGGACAAGCUCUCCUCCCGCACCAUUCCCUGUGUCUUCCUUGGCUUCCCCCCUGAUGCGCCUGGCUGGCAGUUUUACCACCCCACCUCGCGACGUGUUCUGUCUUCUCAGGACGUCACGUUUGACGAGUCGGUUCCCUUUUACCAUCUCUUCCCCUACCGCACUGCCCUUCCCUCCUCCCCCCCCCCCCCCGCCGCUCUUCCUCGCUCUAGGUCCCCCUCCGGUAGAUCUUCUCCCCCCUCAGGGUCCUGCUCCUUCAGCCUGGGGGUGCUGAGCCUGAGCGUGCGGAGCCUGGGGGUGCUGAGCCUACGGGUGAGGAGCCUUGGGGUGCUGAGCGUGAGCGUACGGAGCCUGGGGGUGCUGAGCCUGAGCGUGUGGAGCCUGGGGGUGCUGAGCAUGCGGGUACUGAGCCUGAGCGUGUGGAGCCUGGGGUUGCUGAGUCUGGGGGUGCUGCGCCUAGGGGUACUGCUUCUCCACCCCGAGAGCCUCUCUCGCUGCGCGAGUGGUACGCUCAGCAGCUCCGCUUUCAAAGUGGCGCUGCUGGAGCUGGAGGCGCUGGAGCUGCUAAUCAUGGAGGUGCUCGUACUGGAGGUACUGGAGCUGCCGGAGCUGGUGGUGCUGCCAGUACUGGGUGAUGCUGGCACUGUUGGUCCCGGAGGUGCUCGUACUGGAGGUACUAGAAGUGCUCUCUCACCACAGCAGCUGCACAAGUGGUACGCUCAGCGCUGCCGCCUUCGGAGUGGCGUUGCUCUAGCUGGAGGCGAUGCGGCUGGAGGCGCUGGAGCUGGAGGCGCUGGCGCUGGAGGCACUGGGGCUGGCGGCCUUGGAGCUGGAGCUGCUGGUCCUAGAGGUGCUAACACUGGAGGUACUGGAGCUGUCGAAGCUGGUGGUGCUGCUGGUGCUAGAGGUGCUGGUGGUACUAGCAUUGCUGGUCCCGGAGGUGCUCGUACUGGAGGUGCUGGAGCUGCCGGAGCUAGUGGUGCUGCGGGCUCUGGAGUUGGAGGCGCUGGAGCUGGAGGCGCUGGAGCUGGAGGUACUGGAGCUGGAGGCGCUGGAGCUAGAGGCGCUGGCGCUGGAGGUUCUGGAGCUGCUGGAGGCGCUGGAGCUGCUGGUACUGGAGGUGCUGGUGCUGGUGGUACUGGUGCUGGUGGUACUGCACAACCGCGACUUAUCUUCGCUCCACCGUCGCCGUCGUCUCUGCCACUGCCUGACUCGGUAAUUCGCCAGGUUCUUAGCCUUCCGUCUUCUACUGGCCUCCCGUUACAGCCAGGCUCCCCACUACCUGCUCCUUCUCCUUACACUGAGCAGAUAGACUCGCUUACAGAGCGUUGUGAGCCUGCGUCUCGUCCCGCCUCACCUGUUCGCGCUGUUCGCACUGGUCGUCGUGUUCCUCGUCAGCGUCCUCCUCCUUUCCGUGAUACUCACACUAUGACACUUCGUCCUUCCUAUGUUCCACAUCGUGUCCCUCUACCGUCUCCUUGUGAGUCCUCUCUUCCGCACGUUCCGGACCCUGAGUCUGACCUGGUUCGUGCUGCCAGCCAAACUGUCACGCGUCUCCUAGCCACUAUUGUCACUGACCCUUCGUUUGAGUCCACUGCUGCGUCUGCCUUAGUUGCUGAGCUUGUUGACUUUGCUGCUGCUUGUCGUCUCGACUACGCCGCUAGUCUUGUUGCUGAAUCUGAGUCUGUCUGUCCUCCGUCCGUCGAGGGUGAGUGUGCUCUUGGCACGGACGUCCUUGAGGACAGUCAGGAGGAUUUUGAGUGUCUUGCAGCUGUUGUACCUCAUCUCGUGGCCAUGCUGCUUGCACCUGAGGGAGACUCGGAUGCACUGGACAUCCCGACCCGCGCUCUUACUCAGAAGCGAUUACAGGUCCCUACUCCUCUCAGUGGCAGGCAGCCAUGGAUGCAGAGAUGGCAUCCUGGAAGUCCACAGGCACUUACGUUGACGCAGUUCCCCCUCCUAGGGCGAACAUAG